AUGGUGCUACAUGCAUGGCGAGGCUACAAGACCUAUGCAUGGGGAAAGAACGAAUUACGACCAGUCAGCAAACGAGGCCACACUGCUGGAAUCUUCGGAAGAGAGGAUAUGGGGGCAACAAUUGUGGAUGCUCUUGAUACCCUGUACAUUAUGGGGUGUAUGGAGGAGUACAAUGAAGGGCAUGCAUGGGUGCAAUAUAAUUUAGAUUUCAAUCAGCUGAGAUCAGAGAUGUCUGUUUUUGAGACAAAUAUCCGAUUUGUUGGAGGCUUACUUUCUGUAUAUGCCUUGACUGGGGAUAUGUUGUUCAGAGACAGGGCUCUUCACAUUGCACGAAAGCUUCUGCCAGCUUUCGACACUCCAACUGGUAUACCUUAUGCGCUCAUCAAUGUUGCUAAUGGGAUUGCCAAAAAUUAUGCUUGGGCAAGUGGAGGAUCAAGCAUUUUGUCUGAGUUUGGAACCCUGCAUCUUGAGUUCGUGUACCUGUCUGACAUAUCUGGAGACCCAAUUUUCCGUGAAAAGGUCAUGCGAAUUCGUGAUGUUAUCAGGAAAACAGACCGUCCUGGUGGUCUUUAUCCAAACUACAUGAAUCCCAAAACUGGGAAGUGGGGCCAACGCCACACCUCUGUUGGAGCACUGGGAGACAGCUUUUAUGAAUAUUUACUAAAAGCAUACAUCCAGUCUGGGGGCAAGGAUGAAGUGGCCAAGGAGAUGUAUGAGGAAGCCAUUGGAGUGAUCACAAAUCGUUUAGUCUUGAAGUCACACACUGGCCUGACUUACUUGGCUGAGAGCAAAUUUGACCGUCUUGAGCACAAGAUGGAUCAUCUUGCUUGUUUUGCAGGUGGAAUGUAUGCUUUGGGAGCAAAGAGCAUCAAUAAUCAAGUUUCAACAACACACUUAGAAAUUGCAGAGGGUCUUGCCAACACUUGUCAUGAAUCAUAUGCACGCACCCCUACUGGUCUUGGCCCAGAAAGCUUUAGGUUCACAGAGGGUAUAGAGGCACGUGCUCUAAAAUCUUCUGAGAAGUACUAUAUCCUCCGGCCUGAAGUGAUUGAGAGUUGGUUCUACAUGUGGCGAUAUACUAAGGAUCCCAAGUAUCGGGAAUGGGCUUGGAAUGCUGUUUUGGCCUUGGAAAAGUACUGUCGGACUGAGGCUGGAUACAGUGGAAUUCAGAAUGUGUAUAUGGAAAAUCCACAAAAGGAUGAUGUACAACAAAGCUUUGUUUUUGCUGAAACAUUUAAGUACCUCUACUUAAUCUUCUCGGACGAUUCACUCAUGAGUUUAGAUGAAUGGGUCUUCAAUACAGAAGCACAUCCACUUCCUAUAGCUGGUAAAAACUCUUUUUACCGGAAAGUUCAAGAAUCCGAGAGCCAGUGGUAAGACAUCGGAACGAGGCUUUUGAUGAAGAUUCGCUGUCACUAAUAAACAGUGGAAUGUGAUGUUUUGUCCUAUUACUUUUGUUGGUGUCUGUUUUUUAUAAUAUGGUUCACAUUGGCCAAUCCUAAGGUAAUACGCUACAUAUGCUAAUUUUUAAGCAGAAUGGGAGCCAUGGUAUAAAAAAAUGGUAAUUCGCAUUGUAAGUGUUGACACAUUGAAAUGAGAAAUUUUAUGAAUAUUAAUUUUUUUUUCUGUUUUGGUACCUUUUGUUAUUGGUCAUGUUAAUGAAUUAGCUAAUUUUCACAAUUUUAAGAUGACUACUUUUGUUUAAUCAUAAUGGGAGCCAUAGUAUAAAAAAUAAUUUGUGUAAAGAAAAUUAUAAUGGUUGAAAAAUAAUCUUAAUUUUAAAAUAUUGGAAUAGAGAAAUCUGCAAACAGAAAAUGUGCAAAUAGUACAUGAUUUGACAUUUGAGGUAUUGGCCCAUUUUCUUAGAUUUCUUAUAAAUGUUUUCUAACCCCUUUGAUCCGGGUGAUGUUACCAUCACGUCACAAAAAAAAAUUGGGUUGAGGGCCGGGUGAUGUUAACAUUGUGUCAUAGAACAAAAUUUUGGCCAUGGGCCUGGUGAUGCAAACUUGCCAUCAUGAGUGAAGGCCAGGGUGAUGGAAAAGACUCGCCACGAGUGCACAAACCCUUUGGUGGGUGAUUACUAAUUUGACAUUUAGAAGGGGGCUUUUGCAUUAUUCCCAAUGAUAAAUGAGUAUGGAAUGUAAUGUUCGUGAGCCAUGACUGGAAGAUUACCAGCUCUAAGGAGGACACUAUUUCCACGCUCAGCAUUGUAUUCCUGGCCACUGUGACCGGCGGUCCAUUUUAUAUUAUGUAAAAUUGAAUAUUAUGAAAAAAUAAAAUCUAUGACACAAGUAACAAAAUGUUAAUUUUUUUUUUCUUGCACUUAUAUAUUAGCUACAAAGAGAGAUGACAUGGAGUUUGCAAGGAAAACAGUCUAUUACCAUUUGGAUAAAGCAAAUCCAAAGACAAAUAUGGACAUUGGAAAAUGGCAAAAAAACUUUUAAAAUGUUUAUACAAAAUAAUUUUGCAAAGGGGAGGCAUGGACAAGUGGCACUGCACGUGAGUAUUCAUGUUCGCAUGGCCUACAUGCUGCAUGCCCGGCAGAUUGGACACUUGCGUAACCUAAUGGCCGUAUUUUCGGUCAUGUGAUUGGCUUGAUGCAACUGGAUCCAAGGGGUUAAUUGUAUGAAAAAAGAAAAAAAAAAAAAAAAAAAAAAUUGUUUGUUGCAAGAGGUAUGAAUCCCACAAGCUCUGCCCUGUCCAUUACUGUUGACUGUGAGAAUUGCAAAAUCAGUGAUAAAAGACUCAAGCUUGUGUUAGUAGAAGGCUUAAGAAACCUGAAACCUCUUUUAGGUUUUACAUGCCUUUAUUAUAUUGUUCAUUUGAUAAAGAGUCCUGAUUGCUGAUAUUGCAAAGUGUACAGAGCUCAACCAAAAGUUAUAAUCACUGUCGGCUCUUUUCAACAAUACGUUGGUGCAUGUGUCUGUGUGUGUGUACAUAAGAACAGUAUAUAAAUGCUGUAGAAUAUACUGAUAAUAUUGUUUUAUGGAACUUGAUACUCCAUUGAUAUUAUACAAGGGAAUGUUGUAUAGAAAGGAAAUGGAAUUUUCCUGGUGCAUUGGGAUUUAUUUAUUAUAUUUCAAUUUCUUAUAAUGUGUUUAUGGUGCUGUAAGGGUUAGAUUGCAAUCCACUAUCUAGCUUUGUGAACAUCCUUAGGUAUGUCAUACAAUCAUUUGCUUUCACAUUUACUGCUUAUCAGUAAUCCAUUGUAAAGUGGAGAAAGUUUAGAGAAUUUCUGUAGAAUUGGAAGCAGUGUAAACUUGCUGAUUAAAGUACCAGUGUUUAUUGGUAUGAAUUCAGUCUUGUCUUGUUAAAAAGAUAACGAGAAAUGCAUUAAAAAUCAAUGUCACUUGUAUAUGCUGUGUAGAGGAUAUAUAAGACUAUAAAAUGCAGCUAAAAGCAUCAGAGCAUAUAAUGGAUGAAGUAAUCUAAAAUAUAAACAGGUAAAUUCUUUAUUGUACCAAUUUCUCCAUGAGAGUCAAUAAGUUGUAACGUUAUUCUUGAUGCUGUUAACCUUAAUAGUAACCCUUUAUUAUCAGAAUAUUCUACUGCAUCUGUAAUUAUAUUUUGUAUAUGUAUAUUUAACAUAGGAUAUUUUUUGUAGUAUAUAAAUUUGUAUCAUUUUGCAUUUUAUUUGUAAUUCAUAUUUAAAUACUGUGCAUUUUUUAAAAGUGAUUUUAUUUAGAUGGAGAUAUUAUUUAUAGAUAGCUUUUGAUUUUGGAUUUGAUGGUUGAGAUGGUUAAGCAAUAAGAAUAAUUCCAAUACUAUGAUUCCAUGUUUUCUUUAGUUUGGUAUUUAUCAUUGAGAUGCAGAUAUAAAAAAAAGAAAAAAAAAAAUUAGGCUACUUCAUAUAAGCAAUUUUUGUUUCUGUGUUAUACUGUCAAGCAAAAUCUCUCCAUGAUAACUUCAUAUAUUGUUUAGAUGAAUGCGUAAUGUUUGUAUAUGUGAAUGAAAAGAGAGAUACUUGAUUGUAAUUUUUGGUCAAGUGUUAUAAACUAUGAGAUGAAGGUUGUUGUUAAAAGAUUGUUUAUGGGAUAUUUUUGUAAACAUUAUCUUGCAGGUUACAAGCUGGCUUGUUGAGGUCCUAAGAGUUUUUUUUUUAUUUUGAUGUAUUAGUGUGACAUUAAUUAAUGGGGUAGGAUAGGGUAGAAGAAUCCAUAGUAUGAGAAUGAUUUUUAGUUGUAAAACUUAUGAUCAGGUAUAACUUCUUACAAAACAAGCAAUCCACAGCAUACCUGUCUUUAAGGAAUCCUCAGGUCAGAUUCUGAAAUAUCACCUGAAACCUGGAGUGUUAUUGUGGCAGUUGGAGGUUCAUAGGAGUAGUUGCCUCUGUGAUGGCAUGAACUAGUGUUGUUACUCCCGUGAAGACACUUUGUUCCAUCAGAGUCUGUCUUCUCACAUAUUCAAGAAGACAUGUUACUCUUUCUGCCACAGAAGGAUCAUUGAGUGCUGAGGGCAUGCUUCUGUUGAUGACCUACAUUUAACUCCAGUAAAUACAUUUUGCAUGUCCAUGUCAAGUUUUAUUUCAGCGUUUGGGGCACAUGACUGAGAAUUUGAUUUUGUUCCUGUACCACUUUUCAAGUAUAUCAACUAAGUCAUGAAUCAUAAACUUAACUAUAAUAUCAGUAUUGCUCAGCACUUCUGGAUUUAGGGUUAACUUCACUAGAUCCUGAAAUGUUUUAAAUCAUUUUAUUUUAUAGAACUGGUUACUUAAGCUAUAAAACACUGAUCAUGCACAUUGUAUCAGUAUUAGGGGAGCCUGGCCAAACCAACCAUCCAAAGUAUCUGUGCACUUAGAUUUAUUCCAGUAAUAUGAACUGGGAGACUUAGAAACUUUUCAGUAGAUAUGUGUAUAUGUAUAUAUGUAUACAGGUAUAUGUGUAAAUCUUACCAUCUUUGCCUCUAACUUUUACUUCUCCUUUCUCUCCUCCAUCUUCACCUUUACGAAAGUUUUCCAGAAGGAAUUUUCCCUAUCUUCUCUGAGCACAUAUACAGUACACAUACGCAUUACACAUACACACACAGAGCAAUUUGAUAGAUGUGUAUUUGCAUACUUAUAAUUAGAUUUUCUUUUUUUUAUAUAAACUUUUGUUGUAUUUUGAUCAAGCUCUGAAGUUUUCAUUGCUUGCCUGACGAAGAGUACAUGAAAUGCAACAUUUUGGUGAUGAAAUUAUUACAUGUAUUUUUCUGAUUUGAGACGUCCGAUUACUUAAAUCUAAUAAAGUUUUGAAAUAGAAUUCUGUACAAAAGUUUUAGAUUUUUAAUGUAUGAGUGAUGUAUUCAAGAUUAACAAUUGUGUGAGUGAUAGUUAAGUAUAUACUCAUGUUAGUGUAAAUAUAUACGUGUGUAAAGAGGGAAGUAAAAGUCAUGAUGAAUGAUGAAUUAUAUGCAGCAGAAUCUAUGGCUUUUAUUCCACAAAGUAAUUUUUAUAAUUUUGAAUCCUUAGAACUUUGAGAAAAGUUUUCCAACAUAUAUUUAAAAUGUAUGAUUUUUAAAAAGAAUUUGACAUUUGUAGAACAUUAAGACUUGCCUUUAAUUACAUUAUGUUGUCUUACGUCAGUUAGCUUGUUAAAAUUCUUGUGCAAGGGUAAUAUUAGUUUUCUCUUGUGAUUGUCUAAAUUAUUUCCUCACUAAAAUGUGAAAGUUUCUGCCUAAUAAUGCAGAAUAGUGUACCUCUUUCUUCAGACAAAGACUGGUUAUUUCUAAAGAUAUUCUAAUGGGGUGUAGGAAACCAAGUAGGAGGUGUAUAUUGAAGAUUACCUCUUCUAUAUAGCUGUUGCAGGUUCUGGAGUUGCUUUGUUUUGUGUGUGUCUGUGUCAAUCUUUUUAGAGUUCAAAAUAAAGAUUCACAGCUAAA